UUUCUACCCGGUCCUUUGUAAACGGACAACCAACCGGAAGUCAACGUUUCUUUGCAUUGCGACGAUCUGCGGACGCACAGAAAGAGUAUUUACAUCUUCAGCCUUCGCUCUAAACUCUUCACAUUUGAUCGAAGCCUCUGGGACCCUAAUCUCAGCGAGAAUGACGGACAGAUACAACAUCCACAGUCAACUGGAGCAUCUUCAGUCCAAGUACAUCGGUACAGGACACGCAGACACCAGCAAGUGGGAAUGGCUGGUCAACCAGCACAGAGACUCUUACUGCUCCUACAUGGGACACUUUGACCUGCUCAACUACUUCUCCGUUGCAGAGAACGAGAGCAAAGCCAGAGUCCGCUUCAACCUGAUGGAGAAGAUGCUUCAACCUUGUGGACCACCAGCAGACAAACCCGAUGAUGCCUGAACAUUACUGGAGUGAGCUGUGGAUGUUUUUUUUACUGGAAGUUUUUGCAGGGUUUUUUUUUUUAGUGUUUCGUUGGACACGCUUCUUGAUUUACUGCUGCAUUGUUGUUGUUUUUUGCCCUGCAGCUGUUCGGGGAAAUUUACUACAAAGGUUAAAGAAAGGAGAGUGAGAAGGACUUCAAGAUGUAACCAUUUCUUAGAAGUGAUCAUGGAAAACACAGUGCUGUACUAUCAUCUGUCAAGUAUCUGUAUUAACUGAUGGAGCUGUGUUCUUGGUUGAAAUUUCUGUUUUGAUUUGAUUAAAAUUCAUGUGAUACCGU